AUCCACCGGGAGCAGAGAUCCAUCAUCUGCGCGCUGUUUCUCCAGUGAGACCAGGAGCAAGAGCUGACAGCUUCCCUGAAGAGGACUACUAACUUAAACCUGCACAGGUGUCAGUGGCUGGUGUUAAGGAUGUUUUUGCCCCGACAUCAGACCUGGAGGUAACCCCACGUCAUCUGUGCUGUUGCCCCUCCUGCACCCCGGAGUGGAGAUGGUCCACUGGACCACACAGUGGGGGACAUGUGUCUGGCUCCAGACUCUGCUAGCCUUCGCUUUGGCCAACUGCCCCUCACUGGCCCCAAGCCCCGUCAACUUCUCCGUGGUGUACACCAUGCCCUUCUUCCAGGCCCGGGGCCCCAUCCAGAACAUAGUCAACAACUCCUUUUACCAGGAAGUGUACGUGGCGUCUCAGAAUGUGAUCGAAGCUGUGAACAGGAGCUUGGAGAAGGUGUGGGAGCUGCACACUGGACCAGUGGGAAGCCCAGAGUGUCAGAUAUGCGAUUUGUGCGACAUUGAUAAGGAUCAAGACUUUCUAGAGGACACAAACAAUCAGGUGUUGCUGUUGGAUACUCUCUUUAUGUAUUUAUAUUCCUGUGGAAGUUCUCAGUAUGGUGUGUGCUAUUUCCACCAGCUGAACCCAGAUGGAGAGCCGCCUUCUCUUUCUAAGUGUUUGUUCAGAAGGGAUUCAAACUCUGCUGCGUACUGUCCCGACUGUGUAGCGAGUCCUCUUGGUACCAAAGUCACCAUGGUGGAGGAGGGUCAGACUGUCUACUUCUUUGUUGCUACCACUGUCAAUGACAGCGUGACCCAGCGUUACGGCAGGAAGUCGAUAUCAGUUCGCCGACCGCUGGCCACAGAAGACGGCUUCUACAAUGAUGUGCGUGGCCUGACUGUCCUCCCCGGCCUGCGGAGGACGUACCACAUUGAAUACGUGUACAGCUUUUUCACUCAGGAGUUUGUCUACUUCCUCUCGGUGCAGAGAGAGAGCCCCGACCUGGACUCGUCCCCGUUUCAGACUCGUCUGGGACGCCUCCCGCGGAAUGAAUGGGAGAUGAAGAGGUAUCGUGAAGUGAUCCUGGAGUGUCGCUUUGAGCCGAAACGCAGGAGGAGGAACGUUGCCAGCGAACCCUAUAAGGAUGUUGUGUACAAUGUGGUCCAGGCCGCCCACUUUGGCAGGGCGGGCCGGGAGCUGGCAGAGGAGCUGGGGGCGGAGGAGGAGGACGACAUCCUCUACGGGGUGUUCGCUGUCACCGAUGACAACGGGGUCACGGAGCACGACUCGGCCCUGUGCGCCUUCCCCAUGGACAAUGUGAACAAAGCAAUCGUGGACGGGGUGGACGAUUGCUGCGAGUCUGGACCCGAGCAGCUCUCCAGAGGCCUCUGCCAUUUCCAGCCUUGUGAGAGCUGUCCACAUGAGAGCAUGGAGAACAACGCCACAUGCAGAGACCAUCCCACCAUGGUGUCCAAGCCCUACUACAGAGUUGACCUCUUCAACAGGCAGAUGACAGACGUGCUGCUCACCUCUCUGCUGGUCACAACCAUAGAGAACAAGACCGUCGCCCAUAUCGGCACCUCGACUGGACGUCUGCUUCAGCUUGUACUGACAAGAUCCAGCCCGGUUAUCUUUGCCAAUUACUCCUUGGUAGAGAACCAGAGAGUUUCCUCCAUCGCUGCAGUGUGCUCUUCGGAGUAUCUUCUUUUUGUGGUUGGAGACAAGAUGAUUCAGGUGCCUCAGAGAGGACCAGGAUGCCAACAUUUCAUGACCUGCGCCAUGUGCCUGACGGCGCCAAAGUUCAUGGGCUGCGGCUGGUGCUCCGGAGUGUGCUCGUGGGAGAGCGAGUGUCACAGCCGCUGGAGGAACGAGUCCUGCCCGCCCGGGAUCACUGGGUUCUUUCCACGGACUGCUCCUCCUGAUGGUCAAACAGAGCUGACGGUGUGUGGAUGGGAGUUCCAGUCGCCCAUAAGACCCGCUAUCACCUCCAGGACCCAUCAGAUCCGACUGGGACAGACGGCCUGCACUGUGCUUUCAGCCAAAAGCAACAACACGCACCUCGUGUGUAAGAUUCGCUCUGGGGCCACUGAGCUGUCCAAACCAGUCAACAUUACAGUGGAAGUCCACGAGGGCAAGGUGGAGGGGCGCUACUCUAUUGACGGGAAGGCCGAAAUGCCAGGGUUCACAUUCGUGAUUCCCAACAUCACAGAAAUCCAGCCCAACUACGGGCCUCGAGCCGGGGGGACGCUCAUCACAGUGACUGGGCCUCACUUGAAUGCUGGAAAGACCAGGAAAGUCACUCUUAAUGAUGUGCCCUGCCCUAUAAAGAGAGUCACAAAACCCAAAGGCAACGUGUCUUCUAUCAUCUGUCUGUCCCAGCCCAUCUCAGAGGUGAGGGAUGUUCCUCUGAGUGUUUUCAUCGACAAGUCUCCUGUCCUCACUACAAAGGUGUUUUACUACAAAGAAAACCCCAAGAUUACAGCUGUUCUUCCUGACUGUAGCUUUGACAGGGGUUCAAAGAUCGUGAUUGAAGGAGAGAACUUGGAUUCUGUUUAUCGCACCAUCAUCCGCUUUAAACCCAAUGAGAGCCACCUGAAACCAGUCACAAGGGAGUGCAUAGGCAAGUCCUUGCCCACAAGGAUGGAAUGUGUCACUCCUGUGUUUCACAGGGAUGAGACGGAGGAAGGAGAGCUUUCGUUUGACAUGGACGGAUCACUGGGUCUUUGGAACAAAGAGUUCUCCUAUCACCCCUACGGUGAGCCCAUACCGUUUGAAACAGAGGGACACGUGCUAAGUUUGUACCCCGGCUUUGAUGAAGUGUCACUACAUCAUCAAAAGCUGAACCUGGUGAGCUCCUGUAUGACCAUUGUUAUGAAGGUGGCAGGCGUUGAUUGUGAUGCUAAAGUCCUGGAUAACGAGAUAACCUGCAGGAUCCCCAAAAACAUGACCAUUCCCAGCGACGGACUGCCAGUGAAGAUCUCCAUCAACGGGCAGGUCCACAACGUUGGCACAGUGGUGAGAGUCAGCAACCACUACAUGGUGGGAAUUGUUCUGGGUAUCCUGGCGGCUCUGGUUGCCGGGGCGGUGCUGGCCUUUGUUGUCAUGAAACACUUGAGGAAGAAGAAGAAGGCUUCCAUGGUAGAGACGCGUUUGACCCACAGUGCAAACCGCUCUGGUACAAACAAUGUGGAGCUGUCGCCUAUUGGAGACUACAGAAGAGUAGUAUCCCUGAGUCCUCCCACCCCUUUGGUGGGGCCGGUGGUGUUCCCCAGCAUGGCCUAUGCUGCAGGCAGCAUAGAUCCAACCCUCACUCCCCUCAUGCCUGCAGAGAAGAUCUCCAUCUCCAGUUUUAGGCCAGAGCUGCUGGAGGAGGUGAAGGAUGUCCUUAUUCCUGCUGAGAUGCUUGUUGUGCAGCACCAUCGGAUCAUAGGGAAGGGCCAUUUUGGAACUGUCUAUCAUGGCUACUUCACAGACCCCAACAACAGAGAAAUCCACUGUGCCGUCAAGUCUUUGAAUAGAAUAACAGAUGUCGAGGAGGUGGAGCAGUUUCUGAAGGAAGGCAUCAUAAUGAAGGGUUUCCACCACAGCAACGUGUUGUCUCUGCUGGGCAUCCUACUGCCACAGGAGGGGCUCCCUCUAGUGGUGCUGCCGUACAUGAAACACGGGGACCUGAGGCACUUCAUACGCUGCGAGAAGAGGAACCCCACUGUAAAGGACCUGAUUGGCUUCGGGCUGCAGGUUGCCAAGGGGAUGGAAUAUUUGGCUCAGAAGAAGUUUGUGCACCGAGAUCUCGCUGCACGCAAUUGCAUGCUGGACGAGUCGUACACGGUGAAGGUGGCAGACUUCGGCAUGGCCAGAGAUGUUUUCGAUAAAGAGUAUUACAGUGUUCAAGACCACAGGAAGGCCAAACUGCCUGUCAAGUGGAUGGCCAUCGAGAGUCUGCAAACACAGAAGUUCACCUCCAAGUCAGAUGUGUGGUCCUUUGGAGUUCUGAUGUGGGAGAUGCUGACCAGAGGAGCCAGCCCGUACCCAGAAGUGGACCCAUAUGACAUAACACAUUACUUAAUGAAGGGCAGGAGGCUUCCCCAGCCACAGUACUGCCCUGACCCUUUGUAUAGCAUUAUGCUCCAGUGCUGGGACCCCGAUCCAGAGUUGAGGCCCAGUUUUGCUACACUGGUGUCGGCCGUCUCCACCAUCUUAUCAGGCCUGGAGGGAGAACACUACAUCAGCCUUAACGUCACCUACGUCAACCUGGACCAACCGCGACCCUACCCCGCUCUCACAGAGUCCGCUGAUGAGUACGACUCUACAGAUGUUGAAGACUCAGGAUCAAUAUCCUCCUGAUCCAACCUCUCCUACUCUCUCAACCGUAAACUGGUAUUGGUGCUAACAGCAAAAGCACACACAAAAAAACCUCUGCCGUGUCACACCAGUGUCUUUUACCUCAAAGGAUAUGAAACAGAGUUACUGCCUACUGUUUGAGUGCAUUAAAAUGAUGGUGGGAAGCUUUCAGCUGGAAUAGCCAAGAGGGUCGAACUAGACCUCACGUCUGGGGGGGUCACAAGGUCUAUGAGCCAAAAGGAAGAAAGAAGGUUGAAAAGAAUAGAAAUAUUCUUCAUUGCAGUGUGGUAAGUGUGAAAGAAAUAUUGUACUCAAGGUUUGUAGUAAAAGCACAAUCAGACUAAUGCUACACAAUAGACCACUGCAGGAGCUUACGGGCCGAAAGACUGCAAGAACCGCCUUUACAGAACCUUUUCCAAGGCUGUUUUUGAUGUAGAAAAAAGUACUUCUGAGUCGCCCUGAAACGCUGAUGUCUCAAUACUGUUUAACUCAGAGAAGACAAAUGUUGAUUGGUUAAACUUGGAGAGAACCAUAAGGAUACUUUUUUGUCUGCCCUGUUGAUGUCCUUGUUGGGUAGCAGUCUUCUCCUCUCUAACAUCAGCAUCUUAAAUGUAAAAUUCACCAUAUAGUCUGAGCUCGUAGAAGUUACUUUUGGAUUCGAAGCUGCUGGAUCCUACACUGUAAUAGAAACAGAAAGCCUGAAAAGGCUGAUUAUGGAUUCUUGUAAACCUUUGCGCCGACCAACAUGUUACUGAUCAUUACUAAACAGAAAAUCACAAUACAACAAGGUAACUGAUCUUGGAAAGUACAUCAUCUACCGACAGAUGAUUAAUGUUAGUCGCAGCCCACUCCAUCUUUCCCCACAUCCUGCUGCUUCUAAAAUGCUGAUGUUAGUUAGAAAUGUCUCUAUAAAAGCCUGAAGGAGUUCUAUCAAAGUCCUGAAAGGCAAGCCUCGCCACUUAGCUGCCAUCUUGGUAACGCCCCCCCAGGCAGUUAUUUUGGGCUAACAAGACCAGGUCUAUGUUUAAAUGAAUGGGGAGAGAGUCAUUACUGCAGUUCCAAAGGUCACAUAAAAAAAACUGCAAAUGAGGAAUAAAAAACAGGAUGCGAGGGUGUAAUCGUCAGUCAGACAUCAGGGGGGGAGGAGUGCGUAAUGACAGGCUUAUCUUAAUAAAAAUGUCUUUUUUAGCUCUGAUGGAGCUCAGGGUUCAUCCAGAGAAGCUUUAGUACAAAUAAUUCCACCGUAUAAACCUGGAAUCUGUGUGGAACAGUUGACCUGUGUGGUGUGCAGAGGAACAUUAUUUAUUGUCAGACCCUGUGUGUUAAUGAAGUUACAGCUGCUGUGCCAUGUGUGUGUAAAGAAGCAGUGUGUGUGAUGCUGCAAGUAUUUAAUAAAGUCAAAAGAAAGACUCUGACACAUAGUCGGCUGUGGGCAACCAGGACAUGAGUAGGUGUGUUCUGCAAAAUCCAGAAUUACACUCAGUGACACCGAAAAAAAACAUGGUGAAAUUUAAACAUUAAUAUACCCUUUUAGACAUGCCUGAGCUACAUUAGUAGCUGUAUUCUGAGAUAUGUCAAUAUGUUAUGUAGUAGAUACCUGUGGGGGCGCAGCGUUACCUGGAUGUAAGCCGGAGCUUUAUUAACACUGAGCUGGGUCGCCCGGGUGACGUGUGAUUUUGAAAUACCCAAAACAAGAAACAUCACCGGUGAUGUAACUAGAUUAUGUACUGUACGUUAAAAGAAAUGUAAUAGAUGGCAAGGGACAAGUGAAACAAGAAAAAGCAGAACAAGAAUAGUUGAUUUAUGAUGUCGCACACUUCUGCUGACUGAAGACAAACGGAGGCUUUUGAACUCUCAGCAGUUUUCAUUGUGAACCAGAAAUAUGAAGAAUAUCCUGAAACACCAGAAAGUACUUUGCUCACUAUCAGAAGUAAUUUUACUGCCUAUGAUGGGCUGUUUUUAAUGUGCAACAACAUAUUCUCCCUCCAUCCAAUGUCCUGUAUGAAGUUUCUCUCCUAUGUUAGUUUUGAGAAAGUAGCUCAGCCCAAAAUGUUCAGGGAAAGGAAUCAGGGUUGGUCACAGCAGGGUGGACAUGAUAUCCAAAGCUGUAUAUUUGGGCCCAUUAGAACAUUAACUUGUCGAAUUUAGUUGCAGAAAAGAAAGUGAUGCACGCAGACUUCUUUGGAAUUGACUUGCAAAGCCUGAUGUCCCCCAGACUCGAGGUCUACAAAUGAAAACGUCUGAAAGCAAAAUCUCGGAUGGCAGCAGUUAAGCUUAAAAACAGCAUCUUAAAAGUUUAACAGACAUUUAGUUUUGUAUUUUUUCACUGGUAACAAAUAUUGUCAUGAUACAUCUAAUCGGUUGUAGUACUGGCUUGUUCCGUUUUCUUUCAUUUUAUUUUAAAAACUGAGUUUGUUCAGAUUUGCCAAAAGCAGUUGUUCAAUGAGUGAGAUUUGGUGACAAGCAAAGGCUUAAAUAGCUAACUCUCACGUUUGCUUGCUCUUUCUUGUACUACCUACAACAUGGGUAGUGUGCUGUUACAGUCCCAAAGCCUGUCUUUAUAUAUUUUUAAGGUGACAUUUUCUUUUAAUUCUUUUGCAGUGUAGUGAUUAGACUGUAUAUUUUUGGAUCAAACGUCUGUUGAACGCAAAUGUUGUGAAGGAAAUCACCUUAUUAUUGCUUGUGUUUCUGACUAAAUGUCUUUUAAGAUAGUGUAAUUAAAUAUUUAUUUGUUUAUAGAUUUGCUCUCAUGCUGUGGACUGUGAGUAAACAUGAGAAUUUAGGCAAAGUGCCAUUUGCACUUGAUUUAUGUCACACUAAUGUUUUCCUUAAUGGAUCUUAUGUACCAUUACUGUAAAGUAUUGCUGUGUACUGGACUCCUUUAUUGCAGUUCUCCACCAGAGGUCAGUAUUUUGUUACAAGUACUCUGCGUUGUCGCUAACCUAAGAUGUUCCAUGCAGCGUGGAUUCAGAAGUC